AUGAACUGUUCGUUCGCUUCACAAGAGUCACCUUGUAGUUCUUACGGAUCUAGUACAAAUGUUCUGCCGCUGGAUGCUUGUAAAGAAGACAUAACACCACACUUACUGGGCCUUGGUGUGAGUAGCAAGCGAGGAUGGCGAUCCGAAGGAAUAGAAAUCACUGAGAAGGAGCUCAUCUUGAACAGAGCAGGACACUUCGAUUUAUCUCAAGACAGAGUAGCAGCCAUGACCAUCUGUCCUAAACACAGAAGAGACCUGACAGUCGACUGGAGAGGUCGUAAAAGUUCGACAUGUUGCUAUCCAUCGCACAAAGGUCAACGCAAGCAAGUCAAGGACCCACGCCGUGUCAAUUACGCAAUGUCCAAGGAAAUCUUUGCUUUACACAAUGCUGCUGUCCCAGUUGGGUCUAGUGAGUGUCUCUUAUUACUUUAAAAUCCUUUUGUCGAUCUUACCUGGUAAAUUACGUUUUGCAUAAAUAUCACGAAAGGCUCUAGGCUCUAGGCGUAUCGAGUAUGCACUGAGUAUGACUAUUGUAGUGGAAGCGCUGGCAUCAAGUUGCAAAUUUGAAAGCGCCACUAUAUCAACAGAAGCGAAGCGGGGGGCGGGGGGAGGGGUGGGGGUAAAUUUCCUUGGAUGUGCCAUAAAUCAAACAAGGGUGAUCUAUCCUCGGAGACCCAGGGGCAGUCAGUUGGGUCGGAAGAAAAGGCGCGACGAAAGCACAGACUGACUGCCCCUGGGUCUCCGAGGAUGGGGUGAGCAAGCAAGAUACUUUUAUUCAGAACAGAAGCUAGCCUGCGAAGCGCAGACGUAUUUCCGGUCGUCGCUUUUCUCCCUCCAAAAAAUAACGGGGGGAGAGAAGCGACGACCGGAAAUACGUCUGCGCUUCGCAGGCUAAACGGAAGCCUGUUUUGCCACAAAAAGUCUUUUCAAGUGUUGUCGUGACAGAAGCUACAGCGUGACACGCCUACAUGAACAGGAACUAUAAACUACAACUGUAAACGUUUUUCAGAUUAUUUUAGAACAGGAAAAUUAAUUCAAAUAAAAAGUAAUCAUUCAUCUCGCGCUAUUUUCUUAAAAUGUUUUAAGUGCUCGUAUUUUUCCACUUUCACUGAUGACAAGAUUGAAACUCAAUGUCUAAAUUUUAGCUGUCCCAGAAACUAUGUAUAAAAUUCGAUUUUUGGGGGUUGAAGUAAGAGUCACAUUUUUAAUCUUUAUCUAUUUCAUUUGUAUUAGCUAUUUGUGUAAAGUGUCGCACAGAGCAUUACAGACUACGCCAUGUAGAUAACUCUGAAAGAGAAAGGGGCGAUCAGCAGGUUGUGUAUUUGCUUUCUUUAGUCACGCAAUUUAAGCUAGGCAUCUGAAACACUUAAUAACAGGUUUAAAUAUUUAAAAACCUAUCCAAGACUGUAAAAGAAAACAAAAGAAGAACAACCGAAAAACCGUGAAAGAAACGUGGAUGGGAAAACUCGGAGGGGGGGAGAGGGAAUUUGGAAAAAAAAAUCUCAUUUGCUGGGAAGCUAGGAACUGAGAACGAAAAAGCGAUAGAUAGCACUGCAAACGUUAAUGCCUCUUUUUUCAGUUUGAAAAUAGAUGGACUGGCUAUCCCCACCCUAACGUUUUUUAGCGACCUGCAAGCUUGAUGCAGUCCGACCAGUACCACUCUACAACGGCCAGUUUUUGAGGGGGCGUUGUAGAGAGUGGCCUUUAUGGGUGAGGGGGAGGGUGUAAUGUGACACCAAGAUUUUUAUUUUGGAGAAAGGGGAGAACAUUUUUACUUUCAUAAAUGCUUGCUCUAACAUAUUAUUACGUAACAAAUCUAUCAAUUAAAAAAAAUAUAUUAAAACAAAAAUUAUAAGAAAAUAAAGCGACUAAGGUAUAGUGAGUACAUCAGUUUUGUAUUGAUCGCUUUCAGUUGAAACUUCUAUUUGUGUAAUUAACAUGACUAGUAAACUACAAUAAAAGAGAUGAGGCAAAUCGACGUUUGCUGUUUGCCGGGAUUCUAAAUCUCUCUAAUGUAAGGACGAGGGGUAGGCUCUAGUACCGUGAAAGGUUUGAAUGUAAUAGAGAAGAAGAAGUCGUUACGUCACGUUGCCAUGGUAGCAAAAUUUUUGGAUGACAACAAACCGAAAAUUCGGUUUCAGGUUUUAGUCUGUUUGCAACUUUUAAUGGUUUUUACUGGUUAAAAAGUCCUGUAACUCCCUUUUCUGUGACCCCAUUCUCGGUAACAACUUAACAGAAAAAUUAUGGAAAUGUAGUUAAUAUCCCUUUUAUUGCACUGACAGUCUCAAGUGGCUGGUGAUAAAGAUGUAUUUGAACUGCCACAGUAGAAUGAAGAUCAGGGCGCCCUGGUAACAUCUAAUGCAGAACAAGAGAUGGUUUCAUCAUCAUCACAAUCAUCCCAACAAAGUAUCCCAGAAGAAGAAAUCAGUGUCUGGUCCAACGAAGUAGAGGAACAGCAACAGAGAAGGCAGCUACUGAACAAUACCAUUAGCAGUUUAUCUGGAGGAAGAAUUUCACCCAUUCUGUCAACUUUGAAUACGUCUUGGGAUGAUAUAUCGACAACACAGCAAAAGUACUAUCUGCGAAAGGCCAAAGAAAGCAUCUGCUCAGCACUUUCGGUCCUUAGCCCUGGACAGGAAGAGGAAUUAUGGACCACUCUUCGACAGGAAAGAUUAGUAAAUAAGGAUUCUGGUGGUGCUACUAGACGUAGAAGUUUUGAUCCGAAAUCUGGGCUAAUCGACGUUCUGAUCAAGUCAUAUAACCAUGCCGAGUCAUGGCAAACAAAACGACAGAUACUCUCUCUCUUUGCCAAUGAUUUUAGCAGGUCCCAGUUGAUGAACAUGAUACCAACACUUUCAAAAUGGCGAAUAGAUGAAGCUCGACAGCAUGCUACCAAAGUUGGUGAAGGUCUGCCUGUUCCGCAAGAGCCAAUUUUCCGUUCCCGAAUCUCACCCGUUCAAAUUGAUCAUUUUAUCGAUUACAUCGCAAGACCUGAGAUGCUGCAGGACGUAGCAUUUGGCACAAAAGUGCUUAAGCUUGACACGGGAGGAAGCAUUAUCAUUCCGGCAGUUAUAAGGACUAUGAUACCGUCAAGAAUAAUUGAGCAAUACUCAGUUUACUGCAAAGAGCAGAAUUUUGAACCAGCAGGACAGCGUUCACUCUACAGAAUAAUUGAGGUGUGUGGUGCCUCAAUGCAAAAAUCUUUGCAGGGACUCGACAACACUACAGCAGAAGGGACGGAGGCCAUAGACAAUGUCACUGACGUGCUUAAGACGCUUGGAGACCAUGGAUCGGAGGCUACCUGGGUAAAGGAUGCAGAACAAAAAAUCAAGGAGGCAAAGAGAUACCUUAAGACUGAGUUUAAGUCCCAUGUUGGCAGAGAAGAAACUUGUGCAGAUCACUGCACUGCACAUGCCCUAGGUGACACAAGUGACUCCAACCUGCAAAGCAUAUGUCAGCACGAGCAUGAAACUGACUGCGAGCAAUGCGAAUCAUUAGAGACAGUUUUGAAGGAAAUUGAAUCCGAGAUCAACCGUGUUGAGAUGCCGGAGGAGCACAGAUGGCGGUUAAGCCACGACUACAAACUCUGUUUGGCAUCUAUCCAGGACUGGAAGGCGCAUUUGCUUCGCACAGUAAAUCAAGAAGAAGGAAAGCAAUUUGCUCUUGUACAUGUUGAUGCAGCUUCAUGUUUAAUCGUUAUGGAUUGGGCCAUGAAAUACCUCCCACAACGUUAUCGGGAACGAAUGAGUGAUUUCUUCGGAAAACGAGGACGAAGCUGGCAUGUGAGUGCUGUGAUCACUAAGCAUACUGAAAAAUUCCAAGUGGAAUGUUUUGUCCAUCUGUUUGAUAACUGCACGCAGAACAGCCUUGCUGUAGCCUCUAUAAUAGAGCAUCUUUUAAAUACCAUCAAGAAAGAAUCACCGGAGAUUGAAAAUGUUUUUCUGAGAUCCGAUAACGCAGGUUGCUACCAUAGUGGAUCUCUUGUGCUCAGUCUUCCGUUCAUUGGUCAACGAACUAGCAUGACAAGUCUGCGUUACGACUUUUGAGAGCCACAGUCCGGAGAAGACAUCUGUGACCGAAAGACCGCUCCUAUGAAGGCACACAUACGACGAUGGGUCAAUGAAAAACACAAUGUCAUCACUGCGGAAGACAUGACGACAGCACUAGAGUCGCAUGGAGGAGUAAAAGGAGUCAGGGCGGCAGUUGUCAAAGUGGACACUAAUAAAGAAAUCACCGCCAACAAGAUACCAGGGCGCUUGGCGUGCAUUCAGCGUUGGACCCGGCAGAUUCUUAUCAUACAGUCAGGUUGA